AGAGAAGGGAUCCCAAUGGCUUUGUUGGUGGCCGAGAUGGGAGGAAAGACCAAGGGACCAGCACAGAAGCUCUUCCCACUCUUCUUCUUCUUCUUCUCCCUCCUAUUGGUUUUGUCCGAGAUGCAGUCCCUCGACACAAAGGGCUCAGUGGUCAACACAGCAGCAGCAGCAGCAACAACAAGUAGUGGCACAUCAUCCAGUGGUGGUGGCGGACACGGCGGUUCAUCGUCCGGCGACGCCGGCAACGGAGACUCAGGCAGCAGUGAUUCUGGUUCAGGUUAUGGAUCUGCAACAUAUCACCCGAGGAACGAUGGUGGGUAUCAUCACAAUCGUAGGAAGAAUGGUGGAAGCAGCUGCGGUGUUUCCCUCCACACCAUGCUUGCUGCUAUUGCGUUCUUAGCUGCUGCUCUGACUCCCUGCGGAUAGAUGUUAAUCUCUCAUGGCAUACGGAUCCAAAGUGGUUGGCGUGUGCAGGGUUCCUCAUUACUAUAUAUAUAUAUAUAUAUAUAUAUAUAUAUAUAUAUAUAUGUGAUGUUGUGUGAAGGUGAAUGAGAAGAAAAGCUGAUAAGAAUAAAUACGAAGAAUAAGCACCACAUUUGAAUCGAUGCUACGAAUGAGAUUCUACGCUGACGGCUCUUAACAAGGAAUGUCAACAUCUCUUGUUGUCACCUAUAACAACGCUUGGAGGAGAUGCUACGUCGCCGACUCUGAUUGCUGU